UUUUUUUUUACAACACACCUAAAAAAUACCUUUUUUUUUUUCUUUUUCAUCUCUUUAUAAAUCUUCAUAAAUAAUCAUGGCAGAUACAGUAGAAGCCGAUGUGGACUCAAUUAUAUCGCGACUCCUGGAGGUGAGAGGAAGUCGCCCGGGUAAACAAGUUCAAUUGGGAGAAAACGAGAUUCGAUUUUUAUGUCAAAAAGCACGCGAGAUAUUCAUGAACCAACCUAUACUUUUGGAUCUGGAAGCACCCAUUAAAGUGUGUGGUGAUAUUCAUGGUCAAUACUACGAUCUCUUGCGAUUGUUUGAAUACGGUGGAUUCCCUCCCGAAGCGAAUUAUCUGUUUAUGGGCGAUUAUGUUGAUCGAGGAAAGCAAUCACUCGAGACCAUCUGUUUAUUGUUGGCUUAUAAAAUCAAAUACCCUGAAAACUUUUUCAUCCUACGUGGCAAUCAUGAAUGUGCUAGUAUCAACCGUAUAUAUGGCUUCUACGAUGAAUGUAAGAGACGAUACAAUAUAAAGCUUUGGAAGAUUUUUACGGAUUGCUUCAACUGUUUGCCCAUUGCUGCCAUCAUUGACGAAAAGAUCAUGUGUAUGCAUGGUGGUCUUUCACCUGAUUUACAAACCAUGGAACAAAUUCGUAGAGUCAUGCGUCCCACCGAUGUACCCGACACAGGUUUAUUAUGUGAUUUGUUAUGGUCUGAUCCUGACAAGGACAUUACAGGCUGGAGUGAGAAUGACCGUGGUGUCUCCUUUACAUUUGGUGCGGACAUUGUUUCACGAUUCUUACAAAAGCAUGACUUGGAACUCAUAUGUCGUGCUCAUCAAGUGGUUGAAGAUGGGUAUGAAUUUUUCGCUAAAAGACAGUUGGUUACCUUGUUUUCUGCACCCAAUUACUGUGGAGAAUUCGAUAAUGCGGGUGCUAUGAUGAGUGUUGAUGAGUCUUUAAUGUGUUCUUUCCAGAUCCUGAAACCUGCCGAAAAGAGAGCAAAAUAUGGUUAUAAUGCUGGUAAAGGAAAACCCAGACCAAAGGCGUAAAUACGUUAAACACCCACCUUUUUUUUUUUUUUUUCGCUCACCCACUCCUUCACACACACACACACACACACACACACACAAAUGCGUUUGUCUCUAAUUAAAUAUAUAUUUU